AUGCGAGCAAGCAGGGCUUCGAAAAGGGACGACAUACACACCGUUUCAAAACUCAUACAAGUAUCGCGAGAGUACGAGAUGCCGCUGUGUCUCAUUUUCAUCGAUUUAAAGAAAGUGUUCGUUACGGUUGAGACCAAAGCGGUCAUGGAGGCUUUGGACAACCAAGGCAUCCCUACUCCAUACAUAGAGAUACUUCAUGAGUUGUGUAGCAAUUUUACGACCAAAAUUUCCUCAUUCUACAAUAAUAUCAUAAUCGACGUGAAAAGAGGGGUUCGUCAGGAUGACACAAUUUCACCCCAAAUACUCAGUGCCGCUCUCGAGAACGCGAUGCGAGGAUUGGAAUGGGAUGACGUGGGAGUGAAAGUUGAUUUAUUUAUUCACACCAUCUUCGUUUCGCUGAUGACAUCGUUCUUAUAA